UCAGCGGGACAGAGCCAACCACCGCCAGCGUCAUUUGCACAAGAGAAGACCCAUACGACGGAGAUGCUCGGUUGUGGCUCUGUGUCAGGUUCCCUUUCGCCCGUGAAAGUCCACGCGAGCCUGCAUUUGCUCUCACGUCGGGAUGCUUCAGACCAGUUUUAAAAUGAUGUUCAAUUAGGUGGACGAUGUGGAGAUGAUGUGGAGGGGAGUUGUGGUGCGCAAAGGGAGUCUCCAUCCUUCUUCUCCCCACAGAGUGGAACCUGGAUACACAGCCAGAACUGUAAGGGGUGUUCCCGGCAUAUGGAUCUCGGAAGUUGUGCUUUUCAAACAAUUCUCCACUUUAGCCCUCAGCAAAAGCCCCAUCGAUGGUAUUUUUCUGCGCGACUUCAUAGAUUUGGUUCACUGAGGGCCAUCAGAAGAAGAGCCAUGGCAGUGCCAAAUAUGGUGUUCUCUGACGUGGAAAGUUUUCUGGACUCGCAUCCCGAGUUGUUCGAGGACUACCUGAACAGAAAGGGGAAUUAUGGCAUGGUGGAGAAAUGGCUCAAGAAUCACCAGGCGAGCAAAAGUCCGGCGACGGCUCCUCCAGCUGAGCCGAGAGAGGAGAAGACGACCAACGCGCACAAGGACAGCUGGGCGAGCAAAUGUGAUGGUCUGCAGCGAAGAGCCUCGCAGAGGGAGCUGCGCAAAACUUUCGCCAGAUCAAAGGCCAUCAAUGUGAACAGGACAUACGACGAACAUGUCAACUCCAGGGCCCAGGAGCCGCUGACGAGCAUGAGGAGGAGAGCUCUGCUGAGGAAGGCGAGCUCUUUGCCCCCGACCACUGCGCACAUCCUGAGCGCACUGCUGGAGUCCAGAGUCAACAUCCCCCAGUACCCGUCCACGGCCGUGGAUUUUAAAUAUUACCUCAAAGAACACAACGAGAGAGAGUUUUUCCUGGAGCUUGUAAAAGACAUUUCUAACGACUUGGAUAUAACGAGUCUGAGCUACAAAAUCCUGGUGUUUGUUUGUAUCAUGGUCGACGCAGACCGGUGCUCCUUGUUUGUAGUGGAGGGGACCGGUAACAAGAAGACACUGGUGUCCAAAUUCUUUGACGUGCACGCAGGGACCACAGUUUUACCCUCAAUGAAUUCAGACGAAGUUCAAGUUCCUUGGGGGAAAGGGAUCAUUGGAUAUGUGGCUGAACACGGGGAGACAGUAAACAUCCCUGACGCUUAUCAGGAUCGUCGCUUCAGCGAUGAAAUUGACAAGCUGACAGGAUACAAGACCAAGUCACUGUUGUGCAUGCCGAUACGCAACAGUGACGGAGAGAUCAUUGGAGUCGCUCAGGCCAUCAACAAGAAUUCGAGUGGAGAUCUCUUCACUGAAGAUGACGAGAAGGUGCUACAGAUGUACCUUCCAUUUUGUGGCAUUGCGAUCUCCAACGCUCAGUUGUUUGCUGCCUCAAGGAAGGAGUAUGACAGGAGUCGGGCUCUCUUGGAGGUAGUCAAUGACCUGUUUGAAGAGCAGACUGACCUGGAGAAGAUUGUCAGGAAGAUCAUGCACCGUGCCCAGACGUUGCUAAAGUGCGAGCGCUGCUCUGUUCAAUUGCUGGAGGAUAUUGAGUCCCCGGUGGUGAAGUUUACCAAGUCGUUUGAGCUUCUGUCUCCUAAGUGUAGUGCAGACACUGAAAACAGUUUCAAAGACAGUAUGGAGAAAUCGUCAUACUCAGACUGGCUCAUCAACAACAGUAUUGCGGAGCUGGUUGCAUCCACAGGACUACCAGUGAACAUCAGCGACGCCUAUCAGGACCCUCGCUUUGAUGCUGAGGCAGACCAGUUCUCGGACUUUCACAUCCGCUCUGUGCUUUGUGUCCCUAUAUGGAACAGCAACCACCAAAUCAUUGGUGUUGCUCAAGUGCUGAACAGGCUCGAUGGGAAACCAUUUGAUGAUGCAGACCAGCGUCUUUUUGAGGCGUUUGUGAUCUUUUGUGGACUGGGCAUCAACAACACCAUCAUGUAUGACCAGGUGAAGAAGUCUUGGGCCAAGCAAUCCGUCGCUUUGGAUGUCCUGUCUUACCAUGCCACUUGCUCCAAGACUGAAGUUGACAAAUUCAAGGCUGCUAACAUUCCCCUGGUGUACGAGCUGGGCAUCGAUAAGCUCUCCUUUGAUGAUUUUUCUCUGGACGUUGACGCCAUGAUAACAGCCGCUCUAAGAAUGUUUAUGGAGUUGGGAAUGGUGCAGAAGUUCAAGAUCGACUAUGAGAUACUGUGCAGAUGGCUGCUGACUGUCAGGAAAAACUACAGAAUGGUCCUUUACCACAACUGGAGACACGCCUUCAAUGUCUGCCAGUGCAUGUUUGCGAUGCUAACGACAGCGGGCUUCCAGGAGACUCUGACCGACGUGGAGAUCUUAGCGCUUAUUGUGGGUUGUGUGUGCCACGACUUGGACCACAGGGGCACCAACAAUGCUUUCCAGGCAAAGACGGGCUCAGCCCUUGCUCUGCUUUAUGGGACCUCUGCUACCCUGGAGCACCACCACUUCAACCAUGCUGUUAUGAUCCUGCAGAGUGAGGUGCCCUAA